GAAAAAAAAAAAAAAAAAGGCAAACAAAGUGUUUGGGAGCAAUCAUUCGUAUAGUUAUCCUUGAAUCCGUUCUUCAUUUAAUCCAUAACAUGUGUAACAGUAAUCAAGGUACAGGAAUCUUCGACGAUUCAACUUCAAACCAACAAGAGGAAGAGCUGAUGUGGGAGGAGGUGGCACCUCUGGUAGCCAUGAUGAGGGGAGUUGAUAAUCGGCAGGGUUUGGAGCAGACUGCUAGGGUGUUUUGGGACUGCUAUGAGCGCUUUCAGGCGAUGUGGGAGGAGCUUUUGCAGCGGGAGGCAAGGACGGAUGUGGGACCUUAUAACCCACCUAAGGAUGCUAUGGGGAGAGAUUAUAACCAGGGCGUGGAGGGUUUCGUUUGGGUGUUUUGGUACUGCUAUGAGCGCUAUCAGCCGAUGUGGGAGGGUUUGUUGCAGAGGGCGGCAAGGACAGAGGUACAGGCACCUUAUAACCGACCUCAGGAUGCUAUGGGAAGAGGUGAUAAUCAGGGCACUGAGAAUGGACAUGAGAUGACAGCUGGUAUAAAUCAAGGUUGAUGGACAUGGUUACGGUGGUUAAACUGAUGAUGGGAGCCCUCUUGGUUUCAAUAAUUUAGGAGUAUCUACUCUUAAUUGCAAAUUUUGCUGUUUGUCCAUGAGGUCAGUUUAUUUGCAGUAGGUCAGUAACUUUUGGUUUUACCAUGAACUUAUUAACAGUUUAUGACUCUAUCUAGUCAUGAAUUCAUGACGUUCUAUGUAUUAUGGUUGAACUAUAUAUAUUAUGCAUUCAACCCUGUGUAUGCUUG